AUGUCCGCACAGGCUCAGGACCUCAAGAAGACGUCCGACAGCCAGGCCGCCGGUCCUUCGACCAUCAGCGCCGCCCAGCAGAGCGACAAUGUAGCUCACGCCUUGGCCGGUGCCGGUGGAGGGCUGCUCUCCAUGGCCCUGACCUACCCGCUCAUCACCCUCUCCACUCGCGCCCAGGUCGAGUCGAAGCGGGCGCAGUCAUCGACGCUCGAUGCCGCCAAGCGUAUCAUCCAGCGCGAGGGUGUUAGCGGUCUCUACGCCGGUCUCGAGUCGGCGCUGUUCGGCAUCAGCGUCACCAACUUCGUAUACUACUACUGGUACGAAUGGACCCGCGCCGGCUUCGAGAAGGGUGCCAUCAAGGCCGGCCGUGCCUCCAAGAAGCUCACCACCGUCGAGUCGAUGAUCGCGGGCGCCAUCGCCGGCAGCGCCACGGUGCUCAUCACCAACCCCAUCUGGGUCGUCAACACGCGCAUGACGGCGCGCAAGUCCGAGUCCAACGAGCAGCUGCCCGGCAGCAAGCCCGCCAAGGCCCCGUCGACCAUCGGCACCCUCCUCUCGAUGAUCAAGGAGGAAGGCUUCAUGCGCCUCUUCGCCGGCGUCGUCCCCGCCCUCGUCCUCGUCAUCAACCCCAUCCUGCAAUACACAUUUUUCGAGCAGUUGAAGAACGUUUUGGAGAAGAGGCGGCGCGUCACUCCGACGGACUCGUUCUACCUGGGUGCGCUGGGUAAGCUCCUGGCUACGUCCAUCACCUACCCGUAUAUUACCGUGAAGAGCCGCAUGCAUGUUGCCGGCAAGGAUGGUCCCAAGGAAGAUAUGAUGACGAGCUUCCGCCGCAUCGUCAAGGAGGAGGGAUGGGCUGGUCUUUACGGAGGUAUUGGCCCUAAGGUCACUCAGUCAGUGAUCACGGCUGCGUUCUUGUUUGCUUUCAAGGAUGCUCUCUACGACAUGACCGUCAAGGCCAGGAGGGCGGCUAUCAAGAAAUAA